AUGACCAGAGUCCACCUGGAGGUGUCCAGGGCCCACCUGGACAUGUCAGAGCUGCCCAGGUCUCACCUGGAGGUGCCCAGAACCCACCUGGAGGUGCCCAGAACCCACCUGGAGAUGCCCAGGUCUCACCUGAAGGUGCCCAGAACCCACCUGGAGGUGCCCAGAACCCACCUGGAGGUGCCCAGGUCUCACCUGGAGGUGCCCAGCGCCCACCUGGAGGUGCCCAGCGCCCACCUGGAGGUGCCCAGGACCCACCUGGAGGUGCCCAGGAUUCAUCUGGAGGUGUCCAGGACCCACCUGGACAGGUCAGAGAUGCCCAACACCCAUCUGGAGACCACACAGGUGCCCAGGACCCACUUGGAGGUGCCCAGAACCCACCUGGAGGUGCCCAGGUCUCACCUGGAGGUGCCCAGGACCCACCUGGAGGUGCCCAGUGCCCACCUGGAGGUGCCCAGGUCUCACCUGGAGGUGCCCAGGACCCACCUGGAGGUGCCCAGUGCCCACCUGGAGGUGCCCAGGACCCACCUGGAGGUGCCCAGUGCCCACCUGGAGGUGCCCAGGACCCACCUGGAGGUGUCCAAGAUCCAUCUGGAGGUGCCCAGGGCCCACCUGGAGCUGCCCAGGGCUCACCUGGACAUGUCAGAGAUGCCCAGGGCCCACCUGGAGACCGUGGAGGUGACCAAUGUCCUCCUGGUGACACCAGAGCUGCUCAGGACCCACCUGGAGGUGCCCAGGACUCACCUGGAGGUGCCCAGGUCUCACCUGGAGGUGCCCAGGACCCACCUGGAGGAGCCCAGGACCCACCUGGAGGAGCCCAGGACCCACCUGGAGGUGCCCAGUGCCCACCUGGAGGUGUCCAGGACCCACCUGGAGGUGUCCAGGUCUCACCUGGAGGUGUCCAAGAUCCAUCUGGAGGUGUCCAGGGCCCACCUGGACAUGUCAGAGCUGCCCAGAACCCACCUGGAGGUGCCCAGGACCCACCUGGAGGUGCCCAGGACCCACCUGGAGCUGCCCAGAACCCACCUGGAGGUGCCCAGGACCCACCUGGAGACCCCCAAGUGCCGGGGGAGGGGACCUGCACACCUGGGACCAUGGGUGGGCGGGGCCUGGGGACACCUGGGGGCCCAGUAUGGCACCAGUAACCCCCAGUAUGGCACCAGUAUAGCCCAGUAUGGCACCAGUAACCCCCAGUAUGACACCAGUAACCCCCAGUAUGGCACCAGUAUAGCCCAGUAUGGCACCAGUAUGGCACCAGUGUUCCCAGUAUGA